UUUUUUGCCAUCCCUAACACUCGAAUUGUGCAACCCGGAAUACUGUCAAAAUUCUCAUAUUCCGUGAAUUUCCUACCUCUGCUCACUUACACAAAUCAGGCGUAUUGAAGCGCCGACUUACCUGUUGUUCACCUAUCAAGGCACCACACACGGUUCAGAUUAAUUCGCGCCGCAACGCGAUUACUUAAACUGACUCGAUCCGAACAUACGAAGGAGUUGAAAACAAAUGCAAAUCUCACACACAAAGUUUUCUGUUGUUUAGAAUGAAUUGAUUUUCUUGGCAACUACAUAACGACAGGUAGGAAACGGAAAAACAAACAAGACGGAGAGUUGCCCUUGGCAGCAGGCAAAGAGCAACAAGUCCACAAGUUCACCCCACGCAAAAUACAUCAGUUUUAGGAUUUAAACAAAUUUCGUUCGGCCAAAAAUGUUGCUUCAAAAAAUGUUCACCCGUGCCUUUAGUUCCACGCGGCAACUUUAUGCCGGAACUCCUGGAACCGGAGGUCUGGAGAAGAGUGCUCUGGCGGCCUUAAGGAAAAAGACCGGCUACACCUUCGCAAAUUGUAAGAAAGCCCUGGAAAAGCACAACAACGAUGUCGGACUGGCUGAAAAGUGGCUGCAUGAGCAGGCCCAAACUCUUGGCUGGUCCAAGGCCACCAAAGUCGCAGAUCGAGCCACUGCCCAGGGUCUGGUUGGAGUUCUUAUCCGCGGCACUCGAGGGGCCAUGGUCGAAUUGAACUGCGAGACUGAUUUCGUGGCCAGGAACGACACCUUCAAGCGGUUUGUGGAUCACGUUGCCUGUAUGUGUCUGCACUACACGGACUUGACGGACUUCGAUGGAGAUCUAUGGAAGCUCGGCUUCGAUGCUGAUGCCCUAAAGAACCUGCGCACGGAAGAGGGACGCACAUUGGGCGACCACCUGGCCCUGUUGAUUGGCGCAAUCGGCGAAAAUGCUACCAUCAGGCGAGCACUGUGCUUUAAGGUGAACAACGAUCUAAAACUUGUAGGCUACGCCCACCCGGCACCUACCAACGUAGGCUCUACCGAGGGCAUCACCCAAGUGGGCAAAUACGGUGCAAUCGUAGCCUACCGAUCGACUCACAAUCUGCUAGACUUUGAGUUCCACAAGAGCAUCUGCCAGCAGAUAGUGGGCAUGAAGCCGACUAAGAUUGGAGAGUACGACAAGGACACGCCUGCGGAAAACAAGGAUGAUGAGAAGUGCCUGAUCCACCAGGAGUACCUACUGGAUGCGGAUAAAACAGUGGGCGAGGCAUUGCAGGACCACAAUUGCGAGAUCGUCGACUUUCAUCGCUUUGAGUGCGGAGAGCAAACGGAACGCAGUCUUGAGGCCAUAAUUCGCUCCCAACACCUGAGCAGCAAUUAACUAGCUUUUAAGCAGACUCUAGAACUCUAAAUUGUUAAACGCCCCAACCGAAGAUUGUUAAACCCCCAUUUUCUGGACACAGUUCUGGUCAAAAUUUGCAUGUAAAAGAAGUACAACCACCACUACGAUCAGA